AUGUCAAACUUUUCCCGUGAGGCGACAAAGUUACUUCAUGUAGCGGAGGAUGCUCUCUCUGGCAGAAGAAAUGCCGCAUCGCUGCAGCAGGCAAUAGCAGCCGAAGCUCCAUGGGAGUCUUUUCGGCCAGCUGCAGAGCGGUAUAAGAAUAAUGAUAUAGAGUAUGGAUUACCGGGUAAUCACCAUGUAGUGGUGGAACUUCAACGGCAACUUCAUGUAGCCAUGUCGGAGAUUAAUAAUCUCCGUUGCGAAUUAAUGGCUGAGCGGGAGUCCCGCUCACAAACACUCACUUCAUUAGGCCGUCGAUGGAAGGAAGAAGUUAUGGUGGAGUUGCGUGCAGCUGAUCACCAAUCGCGUCGUGCUAUCUCCGAGAUGGAGGCAAACAUGCUGCAGCGGCUUAAGGAAGAAGCAACAACACGUACAGUCAUGCAGCGACAGUUAGAAGAGGUUCUUCGCAGUAGUAAAGUGCGAGAUCGGUCGCAGUUUGAUCACCAGGAGCAUAUUCAGGAACAGUUAGAUGGACUCCGUGAACGACUUGAAGCGGCUGUUGCGGAGUGUGGUAUUGUACGUGUGGAGUCCGCACAGCAACUAGAAAAAGAGCGGGCGUCACUUUCACAACGUCUGGAUGCAGAACUUUUGCGGUAUGUGGACAUGCGGCGGGAUGACCAGCGAGAACGUGAGGCACUACGACAACAACUAAAGACAGAUAUCGUUAAUUUUGGCUCACAGGUUCGGGAACUUGUGGAUGAGGCAUGGCGCACACAUGGAUCUACAUUAGAGCGCACCCUGCGUGAACCGUUGGAUGCCUUUAGUCGUCAAAUGGGGCGACAUGAGGAGAUUGUAAGUGCGAUGGAUGCGAAGAUACACGACUGCACGGCCACCUGUCGUGCGGAGCUGCGGCUGCAGACGGCAUCACUGCAGGAACGCGUGGCCGCCGUAGAGGCGACUGCGGCGGUGACGGCAUCUCGCGUGGAUCGCGCGGAGCGGAAGGCCGACGCCGCACACGACACGGCGGGCCGCACGAACGCAAAUGUUGACGUCGCGCGGGAUGUUGCGGAGCGGGCGGCCGCACAGGCGCAGCGGGCGACGGAACGGGCACAGCGCAUGGAGGACACCGUGCAGGACCGAUAUGCCCGACUGCAGCAGUUGGAGGGUCAGUUGGCAUCCAUCGCAACAGCAGAGAAAUUACGUUCGGAAAUUGAAGCGGUGCGACGGGCGGCUCUGCGUGCAGAGAGUGGCGUGGAUGCGCUGCGGCAGGUGUGUGAACGGGAUGAGCAGCUGGUGGAGCAAACCCGCCGUGCGGUGGAUGGAUACUCCGAUCGCAUCAGCGGAUGUGAACAACUCACUCACCGACUGCGGGCUGCUGUAGAGACGGUGGAGGGACGCAUGCCGCCGUUGUUGCAACGACUCACAGCACUCGAAGAGGCGCGUGAAGGGGCCGCGGUGGGCACGGCGCAUGUGGACGACACUUUGUUACUAUUGCAGCAACGCGUGCAGGUAUUGGAGGGUGGUGUGCGCAGUGUAGGGGAGCGACUCGAACAGUGGCGGCGGGAUGUGAACAACAACGCACAGACACUCGCUGCGCGGGUGGAGUCUGUGAGUGAGUUGACACUCCGCAGCGAGACAAACAGCGCCGCGGCGAGAGCCGAUGUGGACCGCAUGGACCGCCGUGUGACUCAACUCGAGUCGCAGACGAGUCAAAUGGCCGCCGACUGUCAUUCACUGCGCGGUGCGGUGGAUGAUCACGCAAAGGACACCGCCACGCUGUCGAGUCGAUUACAACAAGUGGGAGACUGGCAGGAGCAGCGAGAGGCGCGGUUUGAGACAUUACUCUCUGAGACAGGAAUGCAGAAUGUAACGGCAGUGGAACAGAGUGUUAAUAGACUGGACGCUAAACUGCAGCGGGAUGUACGUCGACUAGAGACGAAUUUGAGAGAACGCACGGCCGCAUUGGAAUCCCUAGUGGAGGAAAAGAUAUCAACACUGCAGGAACGUCUCGGAAGGAGUCAGACACCACAGAGUGAAACCAUGCUGCAAGCAUUAGCGCGGGAUAUGGAGAUUUACCAGUCAAAGGUAGAAUCUCUAAAUAAGUCUUUGACGAUGAUGGAUGAUAGUAUGGAGCAGACACGGCGGGAGUAUGUACUAAUGCAUGAUUGGAAUAUGUUACGCAAGACGGUAUCAGCACUAGAGUCUAAACUUCGUUCUGUACAGGAGGAUACAGCAUUACAGCAACAAACGGAUGAUGAAGUUCAAAUAAAACUACGAGAUGUAGAAGGUGAACAGCGACGUCAACGUCAUUUAUUACAACAACUUCAAGAGAAUUUGAUGAUGGUUCGCACAGAGGUACGGGAUUUUGCUUCUCCUAUUCUCACAAAACAAUUCUCUCGUAUAAAAGCAGAAGAGGAAUUCAUACCAACUAGGGUAAAAGUAGUAACUGAAAAAGAGGCACUAGCACCAACAACAACAAGAACAACAACAACAACACCAGUACCAGCAGUACAAGCAACAUCAGUAUCGGAUACUGGAACUACAGUAGAAAGAUUCUCUGGAGGAAGUGUAAUGGCACACUCUGUUGAAUAUCACGAGGUACGUUCAUCGAAUACAGCUGCCAUAGAAACACAAGGUAGUGAAGCGGGUACGACAAAAACCACCACCACAACAUCAAAAACAACAUCAAACACCCAUCCACGGACGUCUAGCACUGAAGUAAUGCUCUUGGGUGAUCGUAAUGAAUCUCCUGACGCCCAUGUAAUUCCUCAGUCACUAGAAGAUUCAAGAGGAGUAGAAGAACAACCGGAAUCAAGCACCACUACACCAAUUACUAGACGAACGAUGGGAUCCCAUCGUGUGGACUCUCUCUCACAAGAUGAAGUAAGUGGUAGACGUUUAGUGUCAGCGUGGGGAGGAAUGAGGAGUAGUGAUUCUAUUGUUACACCAAAUGCCAGAGAACCUGAAAGAACAGCAGAAGAUACGACAACUAGUAGUAAAAAAAAUAGUUCUCCGGAUGAUGAAACCCAUGGUGAAAAUGUCAAAGCAAAUGAGGAUCGUGCUUUAGUAGGACUCCAUGCUUCUCUUAUGAACCCACCACAAGAAUCUUCUAGUAGUACCGCCUCUGCAGAAAAAUUACCAACGCGUAGGGGUAUACCAACUAUGUGGCGACAAACUGGUAGUAGUUAUGAUACCGCAAGUGAAGAAACCAUCACUGCAGUAACACCACUUGCGGUACAGAAGAAAAGUACCACCAGUGAGUCUCCUGCUACACCAGUUAAAGAUACAGAAGUGAGCAAAGUACCUGAAGAAGAAACACAACCAGCGAAAAAGACCACUGCAUGGUAUGAUGACUGGGAUGACACUAGUGAAAGUGAAGAGGGGAACGUACCCUCUGAACAAGAUAAAACCAAGCAGGAGGAAGAAAAAAGAAAAGAAGGGGAAGUAGAAGUUAGAGAUGCCAAUGUAAUGCGAACCCCUGGUGGGGGAAGUGAUAUAUACGCUACACCCCGCAAAAUGUUUGUAACGGCAGCAAGUACUUUCCAAGAGGAAGAAGUGGAAAUACCACGUCAUGGUACUGGAACGUCUACAGGUUCGUCAUCUGGUGAAUCAGAGAUGCGGAAGACACAACAAGCUCCAAUGAAACGUUUCACAAGUUUUGAUGAUUCUACCUCAGAAGAAGAAAACUGA